GGUAGAUGACAUGGCUGAGGAGAGGGAGAAGGAAGAGGGAGAUGAGGAUGUGGAUGGGGAUGGGGAUGGGGAGGUAGUAGUAGAUGGGGUGAGAGAGGGUAAGAAGGUGCGGUGAUUUAUGAUCUUUGAACGGAUAUAUACAUGCGUGCAUGAUGAUUACUGUGGAUGAUAUUUGCAUAUUGGUAUAUUACUACUUUCGGCACUUGUAUGAUUAUUGUUUACAUAUUUUCAAUUUACCCAGAUUUAGUGACAAAUUAUCACGACAUUCUUUUUUUUUUUUUUUUUCAACAUCAAGGACAUCCAUACAUACAUACAACAUGGCUUCAUUACACAGGCGCUGCGUCUAUCUUACCGUCUUUGUAUGAAAGCACAUCCAAAAACGAGAGGAAACACAGGACAAAAGUAGCCCUAAAACAUACAGUCAUAUCCAUCGCUCCACGACCAAGACAACGAAAACAAUAGGGGGAAUAUCUAAUGCGAACCAUCCAUCCCAAGCAAAUAAAGCACACAGUCAUGACAAAACAUAAAAAAAACACAUCAAAAAGGCAUACAGAUCU